AUGGCUCCUGAGGAGCUCCGCACUAUCGUCGACGAUCUUCCCUCUGAUCUUGAAAAACUCUACGAAAAGCUUUUUGCUCGUCUUUGUAGCGCCCCAGGUGCUCAUAGUCAUGGAGGUGUAUCUCGUGUCAUGGGCUUGGUGUGUUCCGCACGAAGGCCUCUGCACAAGUCAGAGCUACUACAGGCACUGUCCAUCUUGCCACAUAACACUGGCUCUCGGGUGCAGGAUAUACCUGUCGCUUCCAUUCUUGAUCACUGCAAGCCACUCAUCGAAGAAUUACUGGAUUCAACGAUAGUACCGGUGCACUUCUCGGUGAAAGAGUACUUCCUCAAGUCUCACAAGCCGCAGAUCAUCCCAGAGAUCGAUUCUGCGCUCGAUAUAUCGUCUGCUUGCGUGGUGGUAAUCACGCGCAGUCUCGAUCUUUUGUGUGUGGACAGUGGCUCUGUUACAAACUUUGCCAGAAUUACUGCCACGCAGACAGAGACCAACGUGAGCUAUGGAGAUGAACGACUUGAGCUGUUUUCCGGCAUGCCGAUCUAUGGACUGAUGGCAGACGUACUACAACUUAGACGAUUGGCUAGCCAAAAAAAUGACGACAGGAGCGUAGAUAUCGAGGCUUACAUCAUCGAGCGAGACCGAACACUCUUCAGUAGACUUUCACAAGCAUACGAGAGCGCGAUUGUGCAUCUUCUGGAGCAACGCAAAGUUGACGGUAUCACGACAUCGACUCUCCUGGCGUUUCAAGAAUCUUAUGCAUCGACAGCUUUCCGUUGCCGCUUUCCACAGUGCGAUAGGCUGUUCCUGGGGUUUGCCACUGCAGAAUCUCGACUCAAGCAUGAAGCUGCUCAUAUACAACGCGUGUACUGUCAGACAGCAUCCUGUCAGUACAACCGCAUCGGCUUUGCAAACAAAAACGCACUUAGUGCACAUACGCGCAAACAUCACAGCCAGUCAAAUACUCUUCUUAUACCUGCAAAGGUGAGGGGUACAAGGGAUGGGCCUUCUGCGUCUGACAUCAACGUCGACUUGACAGACAUACCCAAGGCCAAACCUUACCCGUCCAGCUAUUGGAGUGUCACCGAGCUGCAGGAUCUUGACAAAAAUAUCGCAUAUUUCGGCACAGACUUUGAAGUAAUUGCACAUCACAUGGGCACCAAGACGGGAACCAUGAUUCAAAAUCAGUAUUUGCGUCUUAAAGAAGGUGGCAAGCUGGAUCUGGAGCAGAGUCCAAAAGAGGCAGACGCCCGAAGAGAACGGGGUGAAGAUCUGGGACCAUCGCCAACACCAACCCCAGCACAUGAGAGACGAUACGAGAGUGCGCAAACUCUUCGCACUCUCCAGGAAACCCCACCCGACCAACCCCUGGACAACGGUGGUCCCCCAUUUGGCAACAUUGACGGUGACAACCUGCGCCACCUGCUCCACGAGAGAAAGGGUCUCGAUGUCCAGGCUGCAAACGCACUUGAAGUGCACCAGGGCCAGCUCUUUAGGAACCAAGAUGACUGUGAGGCAUCUAACGAUUUGGUUGCCGAGAUUGGCUGUGUUUGUGUUUGUGGCACGGAAGGUCCCCCCGAAUGCGAGGCAAGACAUGUAUUGGCCGAGAUGAGAGGGAAAUUGCCUUCUGCUUGGGAAGAAGUCCGAACUCGGCUCCCGGAAUCAUACAAAUGGGAUAUUGAAUAUGUCAACAGCUAUGUCGACGGCGGUAACGAAGAUGGCUGCUGGACAUGCGCGCCUUUGUUGGAUGGCGAGCCAAAGGACAUCCCUCUCACGAUAGCCCAGACCCGCGUCGUAAUCCCGGUAGAACACAGUUGGCUGCCUGUUGGUGGAGUGAUUCCCCCACCGGAUCCUAGACCAUCACUCAUCAAUUCACGGACCGAAUUACCCACAGACGUCAUACGAGAUUUGUUCCUUACAUUCGAAGGCGCUCUGGGCUUCUACAUUCUUAUCAGCGGACUGCUGCAAGUCAUUGUCCCGGACACUUUUGAAACCGCCUGGGCAUCCUGUCACUUACCUCGCAGCUUCGGUGGACUCAAAGUGUGUUACAUUACUAAUAAUAUGGUGCCCACCGCGCUCAGAUCGAACGUAGCAGUCGCUCAGUCGACAGCUGCCAUGUUACAAACACCAGCCGAUCAGCUCACGCAUUCUUCUAGACAGGCUCGAGCAGCUCAAUCUUUGCAAAUCAACAAUAUUAUCGAAGCACGCCCUGUAAUAUCGUUGUUACGAGACAAGUUGCUACGAGACAAAUCGUCUCGAGACAAGUCGUUACGGGACAAGUUUUCCGGCAGGAUUGGCCUGCAAGUAGAGCAUAUACAGAACCGCCAGCCUUACUUGAUCAUGUCGACCCAUGUCAUCACAGAGUCAAUCCUAAGCAAAGCCUUCGGUCUGAGUCGCGAUCCGAUCUGGCGUCUUCGAGAUGAUUGGAAUAAGCAUGCUGAGAUCUGGGCAGGAAACAUGAAGAUCGGGGUCAUCGAGAAGAGCUUUGAUCAAGCUGCAGAAUGCUAUCCAACAGGCUUCAAUCACGACAUUACUUUGAUCAAGCCAGGCCUGGCGGCCCCGGUUGCAGACAUCAAGUGUCCAACUGAAAAUAUUGGCUGGCUGAGCCGUAGUGGCUGGUCCUCUCUUCGUCAUGGCUCUACAGCUAUCAAGGUCCUUGGUUCAACGGAAGGAAACAAAGAAGCAAAAUGCAUCAAGUGCUCCACGCAGUCCUUCGAGCAGUCCGAGGCUUCUAUAGUAGGGGAAGGCAUCUUUCGCAAUCAAACUGCAGCUGCUGGCACCAAAGCUGCGGAUAGCCAUGAUGAAGAGUACUGGAGUAAGUUCGUAUCCCGCGCCGUGCUUUACCGAGUGAAGCCUGACUUCAUCACGCCCAUUGGCUAUAGUGGUAUAGCGCUGUACGCAGACGGCGAAAGGGAAGAUGGAAGCCACGGACCUGGCAUCAUAGGCUUCCAGAGUUUCGUACAAAUGAGUGGACAUCCGCAGAAUUUCGAUCUGGAAGGUCCACCCUUAGAGCAGAGACUAAGGCUGGGGCUAGUAGCAUUCUACGGAGCCUUUCCGGUUCCCGAUGAGCUCCGUCAGGAAUAUAGAAUCUUGUAA